GAUGCACUUGAAGCUCUUGAGUCCGAAGAAAAAGAGUACCUAAAAGAUGCUGAAAUUGAUCGAAUCCUAAAAGCUUUCCGUCUAGAUGCAUACGCCGUCCUAGAUCUGCAGCCCGGAGUCCCAGAAUCCGACAUCAAGAAAUGCUACCGGGUCAAAUCCCUCCUGAUCCAUCCUGACAGGACGAAAAACCCGCUCGCGCCCGAUGCCUUCGACCGGCUCAAGAAAGCGGAGACGGAGCUGAUGGACGAGAAGCAUCGCGAGCGUCUCGAUGAAGCCAUUGCAGAUGCCAGAAUGCUCCUGAUUCGCGACAAUAAGUGGACGGUUGACAGUCCGGAGCUGAAGACUGAGAAAUUCGCGAAGGAUUGGAGGGAGAAGACCAAGAUGGUGCUGAUUGAUAAUGAGCAUAGGAGACGACGGCAGGUGAAGGCGCAGAUGCAGGAGGAAGGAAGGGAGCAGAAGAAGGCGGAUGAGGAGCUGGACGCGCGGAAGAGGAAGAGGGAGCAUGAACAGGAUUGGGAGGCUACGAGGGAGCAGCGGAUUGGUAGUUGGAGAGAAUUCCAGAAAGGCGGCGAGAAGAAGAAGAAGAAGAAGGCGAAGCCUAUUGGAUGA